AUGGCGGCUAUCACGGACCUCUCCUUUAUGUACCGCUGGUUCAAGAACUGCAAUCUGGUCAGCAAUCUCUCAGAAAAGUAUGUCUUCAUCACUGGCUGUGACUCUGGUUUCGGGAACCUGCUGGCCAGACAGCUGGUUGAUCGGGGCAUGCGAGUGUUGGCUGCUUGCUUCACUGAGGAGGGGGCCCAGAAACUUCAGCAGGAUACCGGAUACCAGCUGCAGACCACCCUACUGGAUGUCACCAAGACUGAGAGCAUCCGGGCAGCGGCCCAGUGGGUGAGGGACCAAGUGGGCGAGCAAGGCCUCUGGGCCCUGGUGAACAAUGCUGGUGUGGGCCUACCCAGUGGUCCCAAUGAAUGGCUGACCAAGGAGGACUUUGUGAAGGUGAUCAAUGUGAACCUGGUGGGACUCAUCGAUGUGACUCUCCACAUGCUGCCCAUGAUCAAGAAAGCCCGGGGCAGGGUCGUCAACAUGUCCAGCUCUGGUGGUCGUGUGGCUGUCAUUGGUGGUGGCUACUGUGUCUCCAAGUUUGGCGUUGAGGCCUUCUCUGACAGCAUCAGGCGUGAGCUCCACUACUUUGGUGUGAAGGUCAGCAUCAUAGAGCCGGGGAACUACCGGACAUCCAUUCUAGGCAAGGAGGGCAUGGAGUCGCGUAUGCAAAAGCUGUGGGACCGGCUGCCUCAGGAGACACGGGACAGCUACGGAGAGGAGUACUUCCGCAUCUAUACUGACAAGUUACAAAACACGAUGCAGCUGGCAGAUCCGAAAAUCAAAGAGGUCACAAACAGCAUGGAGCAUGCCAUUGUUUCCCGGACCCCCCGCAUCCGCUACAACCCUGGCCUGGAUGCCAAACUCCUCUACCUCCCCUUGGCCAAGUUGCCCACUGCUGUGACAGACUUCAUCCUGAGCCGGUACCUUCCAAGGCCAGCCGACAGCAUCUGAACUGGGAAAGCUCAAGAGGCAGUCGUGAAGUAUAGAAGAGUAGGUGGGAGGAAGGAUUGUGGGGUCACGAGAGGUGGUACUGGACAUCCCAGGGGUACUGGCCGAAAGGGACGCUUGUCUUGGCUGACAUCCCCUGCUGGCCAGUUUACCAGGAACUUCUAACAGAAGAUGAAUGUCUCUUCCCACCUGCUGAGACCCUGUGGAAAUCCAGGGGUCUUUGCAAGUUCAGAGACCUGUGACAAGGCCUCGAGGACUCUUUCACUCAGUCAGAAUAUGGCUUUUUCUGGACCUGGAAAAGUCAAGGAGGGGAAAGCCAGUUCCUGCUAAAUCCUGAGACCUCAGGUGUCCCUGCCUCUGGGAAUCAGGUGGGUUAGUCUAGCCCAUGGGAGAGUCUCAACCACCUUCCUGCUGGGUCUCUAUAUGCACUGACCUUGUGAACAUAACCCAUUACUGAAGCAUGGAGAAGGGCAGACAGGGAGUGCAGGGUUCUAUCAGGCAAAAGUUUUAAAAGUUUCUCUCUUUAGAUUUCUCUCUUCAUAUGUGAUUGGGAGCCCCAUGAAAUAAUACUCAUUUAUAUUUAAUUCCCAUUGAUUGAUUCUUCAAAUGUAUUGAGUGCCUG